AUGGUGUCUGUCAAAGCAAUCUUUCUCGGUAUCACCCUCCUCGCCAUGGCUCGCGAGGCCCAAGCCCAAGACGGCACUGAGUCGAUCGCUGCGUAUGGAUCGGACGACUUCGACUCAUACGCCUACGGCUACCCGACAGAGGCGCCUGAGACGCCAUCCCCUUCAACCCAACGGCCGACGCGCACCCCGAAGCCGACGACGUCCAAGCCAACGCGCACCCCGAAGCCUACAACGCCCAAGCCGACGCGCACCCUGAAGCCUACGACGCCCAAGCCGACGACGGCCCCAGCGACGCCGCGCCCGGGCUCAACAACUGGCACGCCGCGCGACAACUGUCGUGCCUACGCCGUUGGCUACCACUGUCGCGCCUACGCCGGCGGCAACCACUUUCGCGCCGACUCCAGCUGCAACGACUGUCGCACCUACGCCUGCUGCUACUACUGUCGCUCCGACUCCCGCUGCGACCACUGUCGCGCCUACGCCUGCUGCGACCACCGUGGCUCCGACUCCCGCUGCGACAACCGUCGCGCCGACGCCUGCUGUCACCACUGUCGCGCCGACUCCCACAUCGAACACAACGAAACCGUGCACCACCACCAAUGCGCCGACGACAACGACGCCCACGUCGACCACCAAGGCGCCGACGACGACGACACCGUGUAUCACCACAAAGGCGCCGACGACGACGACGACGCCCACAUCGACCACCAAGGCGCCGACGACGACGACACCGUGUAUCACCACAAAGGCGCCGACGACGACGACGCCCACAUCGACCACCAAGGCGCCGACGACGACGACGCCCACAUCGACCACCAAGGCGCCGACAACGACGACGCCCACAUCGACCACCAAGGCGCCGACGACGACGACGCCGUGCCCGACGACGGUGUCUUCUACGAAGACACCGUCGCCAACGCCGUGCAAAACUACCACCACCCCCUGCCCCACAAGUUUCAAGCCGGCCUCAACGUCCACAAUCCCCAACACGUGGUCGCCCACUGUGACUCCGUGCAAAACUUCUACAACCCCGUCGAUGCGCCCUACGACGGCUCCGUGCAAUUUCUUCCAAGAUGA